AUGGCGGACGACGUGGCGGUAGUGGAGAUCGCUCACAACGUGGAGCUGAUGGAAAUAAUAAUCAAUGUGACGUUGAGGAGUAUCUGCCAAUGGAUUUGCUGGAGAGCAAUGGUUUUAAGGUGGAUCCUCAUAAAUCGAAGACGGUGGUCCUUACUCGGAA